CGCACACACACACACGUUCAGGCAGUGAGCAGCGCGCGCACCUCUCAGAGGGGUAGGAGGAACCAGAACUCUUCUCUCGUUUACUUAACAUCACUUCCACACCACCGGGAAAGCAAACACGCUCCUGCAGCCGUGGAGGAAGAGGAGUGAGUGUCUGUACAGAGCUGUAAGCUGUCUGCACCUGGAGCCUCGAGAUACAGAGAUCGCGCGUCUUCUUUUUCCACUACUUCUUCUCACGCGCUGACUUUACGACUGAUUUAACCGGGGAAGUUGUGAGAAUUCUGCGGGGUCUCCUCGGCAUGGAGGCACGACUGUUCUGACUGGUGGACGGAUUUUUUCUAGUAAUUUCUUCUUUUCGAAAAAUGGAGAGUUGACAGCUGGAGAGGAACCUGACUAACAGCAGUGUGACGGGAUAAAGAGGAUAAAGCUCUCUCCAAAGAGGCAGGGCUUUCUAUCAUCUAUUUAAAACUCUUCAUUACCCCUGCAGAUCAGCUGACAGAGGAGAAGUGUCAUGGCUGCGUAUGGACAGACUCAGUACAGCCCCACCCUGCAGCCAACAGGGCCAUACACACCGUAUACACACCACACGCAGAGCUACAGCGUGCCAUCCUACAACAUUAAAACAGAAGACGGCCUGAGUCACUCUCCGGGACAGACGGGACUACUGGGCUACACAAACUUCAGCAGCACUCCUCCCAGUCAGAGUCUCUACAGCUACUCACACACACACGGUGGUGGAAUUUCAUCUGGAAUUUUUCAGGGCACACAUGCAAUCUCUAGUUCAACCCCAUUCAACGCUACUCAACAGGAGUUUUCAGCGUACUCAAGUUACAGUCAGAGUCAGUACUCCCCGUACUAUAACACACAUCACUACAACAGCCCCUACCUAACCAGCAGCAACAUCAGCCCUGCUGCCAUCACAGCUCCAUUAGCCUAUCAGCAUGCAGAGCACCCCGUCAUGCUGCCCAAUCACAGCCCUGAGUCACACACAGGAGAGUACCACCCGCCACCCAGCCCCCCCACCCCAGGUAAAGAGGAGGGGGUCCCGACACGGAGGGGGUCAGAUGGGAAGUUAAGGGGUAGAAAACGAGUCAAUGACCCCGCUCCACCUCUGGACUCUGAUAUCGAGCGUGUGUUUAUCUGGGACCUGGAUGAAACCAUCAUCAUUUUCCACUCGCUCCUCACGGGAACUUUCUCCUCACGAUUUGGCAAGGACUCCUCAAAGGCUGUGUCUCUCGGUCUAUGGAUGGAGGAGAUGAUCUUCAACCUGGCCGACUCAAGACUCUUUUUUAACGACCUGGAGGAAUGUGACCAGGUUCAUAUUGAUGACGUGGCCUCGGACGACAACGGGCAGGACUUGAGCACUUACAACUUUGUCUCGGACGGCUUCCAGAGCCCAGCGGGGGCCGGCUCUCUGUGCCUGGGGUCAGGGGUCCACGGAGGGGUGGACUGGAUGAGGAAACUGGCUUUCAGAUACCGCAGAGUCAAGGAGAUCUACAACACCUACAAGAAUAAUGUUGGAGGUUUGUUGGGCAGCCCAAAGAGAGAGGAGUGGUUACAGCUGAGGAGAGAGAUGGAGGUCCUGACUGACCUGUGGCUGACUCAGGCGCUCAAAGCUCUGGCUCUCAUCAACUCCAGGCCGAACUGUGUGAAUGUGUUGGUAACCACCACUCAGCUCAUCCCAGCCCUCUCUAAGGUGUUACUGUACGGCCUUGGCUCUGCUUUCCCCAUAGAGAACAUCUACAGUGCCACCAAGACAGGAAAGGAGAGCUGUUUUGAGCGAGUGUCUCAGAGGUUUGGUCGGAGAGCGGUGUAUGUGGUGAUAGGAGAUGGAGCCGAGGAAGAGUCUGUGGCCAAAAAGAAGAACAUGCCGUUCUGGAGGGUUUCCUGUCGGGCUGAUCUAGAGGCUCUGAGUCAUGCACUGGAGCUGGACUACCUCUAGAGGGCGUCAGAUGUCACUCUUUGCUCUUCCAACCAAAGUCACGUGAAGCUUCUGAGUGCAGUUUGUCGGCAUGAGGAGAGACUGAUUUAGAGAUGGUGCGGCUCUUUGGAGGUUUAGUGAUCCCUGAUGCAGGCGGACAAUUUCACAGCACAGCCAAAGGAGCUGAGAGGAGUCCUGAGCGAUGCCGCAGAAUACCUAUGACUUAGAAUUUCUGUGUCACACAAAAAUGGAGUCAAAGGGACUAAAAUAAGAGACCAAAGUUAGCAAAAGGACCAAAGCUUCACAACUAACUCCAGGGAAUGAUGGUUGAUACUGCAAAUGUUUUUUUUAUAUAUAUUUCAUGCUUUUACCUUUUAGUUCAUCUCAACUUUUUAAGAAGUGUCCCACUUUUAUGCAGAAAAGUGAUGCACUGAACGAAAGAUAUCUAUUGAACAUAGUGAGCACUGUAUGGCUGCACGGAUGAAAGCUCAAAUAGAGGUUUGAUCGUUUGUUCUGUCUUGUUGGUUUUAUAUGUCGUGAGACUUAACCCUUUUUCCACUGAGAGGUAAAGACAAGAUUUAGAAUGAAACAGAUAAAGUAGAUUAAUGUCAGAUCAUUUUCUCCUCAUACAUAGAGGCUUUCAAAAACACUCUGAUGUACUUCCCUCUGAAAUUGUGAUCUAUUUAUUACUCGUUAUUUUUACAACACAAUGAACUAUAAACAGCAUCAAAAAUUAUUCAAAGACCCAAAACUAUAAUCUUGUAAAAAUGCUUUAAUGAGAGUUUGAAUCCUUUCUUUUGAUUCCUGGUUGUACAUGUCAUUUUUUAACCUCUCUUUCUGUCCUCCUUUCAUUUCCUGAUAAUCUGUUUGUAAUAUAGAUGAACUGGUCGUGCAUGUGCCGAUCACUCUGCCUGUCAGCUUAGCUAUGAUUUGUAUAUAAUGCUUUAUUGUCCAUUCCUUUUGACAGACAGUUAAGAUAGACUAAUAAAGAUAAAUUAAUUGCA